AUGUCUCUUCAAUCAACUAACUUGAAGGAGGAGUAUGUACCGCUCUCUGAGAUAAGAAGACCCAUUCCUCCUGUGCUAGAUCACCAGAAAAUCGACGCGAUGGUGUCGACAUUGAAUGGUAUUCCGAUGGCAUCUGCUACUUGUAGCAUUGAGGACAUCCAGCCCGGAGUAUUGCCUCCAAUUGAUGUGUUUUUGGUUAUAGAAAAGGGUAAACGCUAUUACUUUGCGUUUGGUGGAUGUCAUAGAUUCCAGGCUUACGACCAAUUGGCUACUUAUGGACAAGAACCUGAAGUGAGGUGCAAGAUUCUUCCUGCUACAAGAAAGACCUUGAAAGUAUACUUGGGAUCUUCCGUUGACGAGAUGUUUAAUUAG